GGGGAGAUAGGGCUGAUCCAUUGGCAUGCUGUGGCCAGUGGGCCCUGCUGUCCCUGGGCUUCGGUCAUUGUCGAGGGGGGUGUCCCCCUAGGGCAUAUCUGCUCUGACAGUUUAAUCUGAAAUGUCUUUAAUCCCAGUCAAAAUAGCCUUUGUUUUUUGGUCCCGUCUGGCCUGGAUUCCGCCAGUCUGCCUGAUAGCCCGUUAGCAAAGGGCGGUGGGGAGCCGUUCCCAGAAGGGCUGUGACGAGGGUAGCUUCAUGCAGGUGAUCAAAUCCCCUUUGGCACCUGAGCUCUGCCUUCCGCGUGGGACAAGCCACAGCCCCGGGCCUGAGCCACUCGACUGGGCUGAGCUCCUGCGGCUCCAUCCCUGGGAUGUUUUGUGCCUCCUUCACGUCUGCAGCAGGGACCCUGAUCCUUCUAAUCCUCUGCUGGCGUUUUCUUUCCAGAGCGGCGGAGGAAUACGCUGCCCUCCCGUCCAGGCCUCUCCGCUGGGUUUGGGGAGUCCUCUGACCACAUGAUCCAUGGGCCCAAGGUCAUGCUAGGAUGGCCGAGCAGAACCGCCCUGCACCCUCCUCCUGCGACUGCUUUGUUGCUCUGCCUCCAGCCACCGCCUCCCGGGCCGUGAUCUUCGGCAAAAAUUCAGACCGGCCUAGAGAUGAAGUCCAGGAAGUCGUCUAUCUCCCUGCUGCAACCUAUGCCAGGGGGGCAAAGCUCAAGUGCACGUACAUAGAGGUUGAGCAGGCAGAGAGGACCCACGCGGUGAUCCUGAGCCGCCCGGCUUGGCUGUGGGGCGCCGAGAUGGGAGCCAAUGAGCAUGGCGUCUGCAUUGGGAACGAAGGGGUGUGGACCAAGGAGCCUGUUGGGGAGGAGGAGGCCCUGCUGGGCAUGGAUUUGGUCAGGCUGGGUUUGGAGAGAGGCAGGUCAGCUCAUGAAGCCCUGCAGGCCAUCACGGCUUUGCUGGAGCACUACGGGCAGGGCGGCAGCUGCAAGGAGGAGCCGACCCCUUUCGUUUAUCACAACACCUUCCUGCUGGCGGACCGGACCGAAGCCUGGGUGCUGGAGACUGUCGGCCGGUACUGGGCAGCCCAGAGGAUCCGAGAAGGGACCCGGAAUAUCUCCAACCAGCUGAGCAUCGGCACGGAUAUUACCGCCGAGCACAUGGGGCUGAGACGCCAUGCCCAGAGCCAAGGCUGGUGGAGCGGGGACGGGGAGUUCAACUUCACCAAAGUCUUCUCUCUGACCCACCAGCCCGUGCGGAUGGAGGCGGCCAAGGCCCGGUACUGCGCUGGCAAGGAGCUGCUGCGGCAGCACGCAGGCCGCAUCACGGCGGAGACCAUCAUGGACAUCCUGCGGGACAAGGCCAGUGGGAUCUGCGUGGACUCAGAGGGCUUCCGCACCACGGGGAGCAUGGUGUCCAUCCUCCCCCAGGACCCCGCCUUGCCCUGCGUGCAUUUCUUCACAGCCACGCCCGACCCCUGCAGGUCUGUAUUCAAGCCCUUCAUCUUCGUCGCCAACGUGACUCCGGUCCUAAAGGUGAUGUCUCCGAGCUUCGGUGACAAGGACCCCGUGCAGAAGGUACCUCGAUUCCAGAGCAGAGUUGAUCGGAGACAUGAGCUCUACUGGGCACAUCAGGCAGCACUGGAUCUCAUGGAGACUAGCCAGGAGCAGGGCCAGAAGCUCCAGCAGACCAUGCAGGAUCUGGAGAGGCAGGGCCUGGAGGCCAUGAAGGAAAUGCUGGCCGGUGGUAUCACCCUUGACCCAGAGGAGCUCGCUGACCUCUUGUUUGAUUGUGUGGACACAGAAAUCAAGUUCUACAAAUAAGCCUGAGGCAGGUGGUUUCAGGGUGGGUGGGUAGGGGAAGGAGAAAGAUGCUGCAGAGUUCAUCGAUUGUGGGCUGCACGCCUCUGGUCUUUAUUGGGGGAACCCUGCAAUUUUGCCUGGUGCUCCCUGACUGUGGGUCCGUUUUGGGGUAUUGUCUGCACUGGUUUUCUUGUCUCCAUGCAACACUGGCUGCCCCCUUGCCUCUGUGUUCAUUAAUAGCCCCAUCCCAGGCAGAGGUGCUCUCGGACGCGGCCUGGAAUGAAAUGGAGCAAAGGCUCCAGUGUGGCAUUGUAUCCACAUGAAGGGCACAACAUUGUGGUCUAAUACCUAUCCCUAAGGGGACAGUCUGUGUGCCACUGGGCUGGGAGAACGUCAGCCUGGAACAGCCCCAUUUAUUUAUGGGACUGGGGACGCACAUCUCUGAGGGGUUACACUGAUUAGUCACUGGGAUGUCGUUGGCCUCCUCUUGGGAACCUGAAGCUGCUUCAUCCUUAACAGAGAUAUAUGGCCCACAGAGACUACAGGGUACACCAUGCAACAUAACUGGGUUGCUCAAAGCAAGGCAGAGCAUUGCAUUCUGGGACUUGUGGUCUUCUUGUGCUGCACAAUCAGAAAGAGGAGAAUAGAUGUGGCUGAGCCAUGGUCCACCUUCUGGCUACCCCCGGCCGCUGGUGAAAGGACACCCUCUCCCACUUGGUUUGUUUCAGAGCCCUGCCUGCCCUACCCUGUCUGGAGGUUGCUCUGUUCGCUUCCCUCCCCUGCUCUCCUUUCAGCUUGGAGCAGUUCAAAGGAACAGGAGAACCUUCAUUUCCCCUGCUGCCCCGUCUGCUCUGAUCCUGAUUCCUAACCUCACAUCCGACUGCUGCCGUUCUCUCCGGCUGUGUGAACUGGACUGGAAGUGGCUUUGCAUCACUGGGAUUAUUGCUCUGGCAUGGUGCCUUCUCUGGACCCUCCGCCUGGCAUUGCCCAACCUGUAGCUGUGGACAGCCCUCCCCGGGAAUGGGCGGGUUUCCUUGCACAAGUUGUCACUCCCAUGAAGAGUCCAGAGCUUCAGCGGAGGCUUCAGCAGCGUGAACAGGCCUGAGCUGUCCUGAGCCAGGCUCAGCGGGACUGGGAAGGGGAGAGCCUCAGCUAGCUAGAUGGAGCUGAAUUUGGUGGCUGGGUUACCAGGACCCACCUUGCUUCUUCCUAAGAGGAAACACCGCCUAAGAGUUAGAGUACAGGACAGCUGGGUUCUCUCAGACUCACUUUCCCCUUCCACAGCAGGGGGAUGAGCCCACCUACGUGUCCUGUACAGAGCUGGGAUGCAGUGCAGGGCUAACCCCACCCCCACCAGGGAGCGCAGGACAGAAGCCCACAGGCAGACAGACUGAGGUGGAAUAAAGAGGUUUUACAUUUCAA